AUGUCAGCUUACGAAGUCAAGGGCAAGUUUGCCGUCGUCACGGGCGCUGGUUCCGGCAUCAAUCAUGCUUUUGUUGAAAUUCUGUUACAAGCGGGAUGCUCAGUCAUAAUUGCCGACCUUGAGUUGACGCCAGAAGCUGAAGCGACUAUUGCCAAGUAUUCCAGGGACGCUGUUGACUCCCACGGCUCCUACGCCAUCUUCCACAAGACAGACGUGUCCGAUUGGAACCAGAUCAGCUCGCUGUGGGCCACCGCACUCAAGACCUUUCCUCAGAUUGACAUUGUCUGCAAUGGUGCCGGUGUCUAUGAGCCUCCGUCAAGCUGUUUCUGGAACGCUCCUGGGGUUUCCCCGCUUGCCCAAGAUCCCGCCGAUGCCAAAAUCGGCCAAUACAAGACUUUUGCGAUCAACACCAUUGCGCCGAUUCGGUUGGCUCAGAUUGCCAUCGACUAUUGGCUUCAAAAUCGAAGCAUUCAAGGCAAUCUCCUGUGGAUAGCAAGCUUGGGCGGAUACGUCCAUUCAAUGCACACGCCCAUGUACUUCGCCAGCAAAGCCGCAAUCGUUAGCAUGGUCAAGAGUCUAGGUGGCCUCAGAAAGGAGCUGGGAAUUCAGAAUGCUGCGGUCUGCCCCGGAGCAGUCUAUACUCCCAUCUUUCAUCCCGAGUAUUGUCGUGACAGGGUGCGGCCCGACGACCUGACACUCACCCCACAACAGUGUGCCGCUGUUUUGAUGCGUGUGCUUUGCGAGCCUGAGUUUGGCGAUGGAAAUGUCGUGGAGACAAUGUUGAUUGGAAGCAAAGAUGACAACUCUGUCAGCGUACGAGAGGUUCCACUGCAUCUGCUUUACCCAACAGCCGGACCGGUGGGACAGGACAACCACUUAUUGGAAGAGGAGAUUAAGAUGAUCAAGCACCUCAAAGAAAAUGGAAUGAGGGCCUGA